AUUUACGAACGAGGUACUACUACUACCUUUAACUCUACUACGACUAUAUUCCUACUAUUCUCUACGCUGCUUGCUGCUACUGUUACCGCUGCUGCUGACCUACCUACGCACUCGCAUUCAUCAGUUGCUCUUCUCAGAUUUCCCAUUGUUCUCAUCAUUCUCCAAUUGCCCUGCUGCUGGGCUGCCUGACUGCCUGGCUGGCAACGUGACGCUCAUUCUUGGGGCCGCUGGGGGAUGGAACAGCACCGAUAGCGGGCGUGUAGAGAGACGAGUUGCCGCCACCAUGGGCGAGAGGAAAUCGCACGUGAAAAGUCGUAUGGGAUGCAUACAAUGCAAAGCCCGCAGAGUCAAGUGUGAUGAAAAACAUCCGACGUGCAGUAACUGCAGGCGACGACAGGAGCAAUGCUCGUACAGACAUCCGACGCCCAGCAUCGCGUCCACGCCGGACUCGAGCGGCGGACUGGGCGGACUGGGCCAGGCAAAUGGAAGCGCCAUCUCCUACCAACUGCACAUCAAGCAGUUGGAGCUGAUGCAUCACUUCGCCGCCGAGACCUACUCGACCUUACUGACGCAUCACGGUCCGAAUCACAAGCGAAUCGAGCUGCCCCGACUCGCCUUUGAGCAUGCGUUCCUGCUCGACAUUGUCUUUGCCAUCACCUCCCUCCACCUCGCGCACCUACGGCCGAAUGAAGCCCCAUGGCGAAUCGCAGAUGCCAUGCGCUACCAGGCGCAAGCCAUCGCCGCCACGCGACAACGCGUCCAGAAGCUAGAAGCCUCGGAAUGUCGUGCCAUGUAUCAUUGCUCUUCCCAGUUGGGAGUCAUUGCACUGGCCUUCCGUGCGGUGGAUUGUGACAGUGCCGAAACUUCCAUGCCCUCCGAGACGUUUCGACAGUUAUCCCACCUGUGGCGAGGAACCUACUCCAUUCUCUUGGCGACGAAAGAAUUAAUUUCCCCGCAAGACUACGAUGUCUUCUUUCCCGCCCUGACCUGGGCCGUCAAACCGGAUCGUGAACCCACCCCCAGGUUGGACUCCUUCCUCGACAUGCUGACCGCAAAAGCAAAAGCAAAAGCGAACUCGGAUGCGAAAGAUGUGGUGGUUCCGUUUGGUCCGGGGGUGUCGAUGGAGCGCGAGCCGAUUACCGGCUGUCUGGUCGCCAUUGGCAAAUUACAGAUUCUCUUCCAGCUGUGUGAACCCGAGCCAUCUCGAAUUCUGGCCUGGCUCGUCGAGGUCCCUCAGGUAUUUUGGGAUCUGGUGGGUGAGAGGAAUGUGCUGGCGUGCGCAGUGGUGUUGCUCUACAGUGUCACGUACGUGAAGCUCGAACAUCGCUGGUGGGCUCGAGGAGUACGACGUCAAAUUGCGGACGAGUUGUCCCCGAUUGUCGCAGAAGGAGAUCCCGACUUUCUGGAUUUGGUGGCGUGGGUGAAGACUGUAGAGAGUAACACCAUGUUUGAAUGAUGGCUUUUCACCAGAUAAGGGAUGUUCCAGUCUGAGGGCAAGAGGGGUUGUCACUAAACUUGAGACUUGCGUCGAAAACGCCUCUUCGACGAAGAAGCAUCAUGGGACUGAGUGAGAGGAAGACCCCACCGUAUCAAACACAGGAAGCAUCCACCGCCCCGGAGUACCCACGAACGAAAAAUGACCAUGUCAGGGCUGCUCUCUCUCCCCGCGUCCGGCUCACGAACGCUGGUCGGUCGGCACCCCAGUGCCCUUGCGAACGAACAAGGUCCUCUUCUACCUUACCUAUUUACCUACCUACCACCCAUCGAUGCUCGCACACCCAAUCAUGCAUGCAAGCUUCCCCAUCUGGACUGAGUGACAGAUCUGCGACGAACAAAAGUCAUAUAUCUCCAAACUCGAGAGCAGCAAAAAAAGCAGAUCUGAUGGCAUCUAAUCCAUCCUUGCGACGACGACGACGACCAAUCAAGGGAGGAGGGCAGAGAGAGAAGAGAGAAAAGAGAGCCCCCCCCCCCCCCCCCCCCCCCCCAUCAUCAUCAUAUCUCAGCAUCAUCAUCCCCAAAUCAGGCGUCCCGCCAUCUCUAGCUAGUUAACUACCAUACAGUAGCGCGUAGGGGUAGCAGUGAUAGUCAUCGUAGCAGGAGAAGAAGUAGAAGAAGUAGUAGCAGAAGUAGAAACAGUAGAAACGAUAUCCAAAGGACACAAUGUACAUACAUAUCAG